AUGGUUGCCUACACGCACGGCGCUCUUCGUGAAACCCUGGCCGGCAUGUCGCGGUCUGUGACGGUGGCCGUGGCGUACAUCAUGAGCGUGACGUCACUCUCCUGGAAGGAGGCGCUCAAGGUGGUGCGCGUCGGGCGCGCCGUCGCCAACCCCAACUUCGGCUUCCAGCACCAGCUGCAGGAGUUCGAGUCCUACCGGCUGGCCGAGGAGCGCCGCCGGCUGAAGGAGCGCUUUCCCAGCCUGGCGUUGGUGGCGCAGGACGAGCAGCAGUGCCGGGCCAUGCUGCGCUCCUACCAGUCGCUGGUGCUCUCCAGGGACAUCUGCGAGGGCGACUGCCCGCGCGGAACCGUCUGUCCCACCGGCCUCUGCAACACGCCCACCAAGAGGAGCGUGCUGCGGCGGAAGUCGGCAGGCCCGGGCCCGGUGAGCGGGUCGCGCGGACCCACGCCGCCGCCCUCGCCGCGCAUGCUGCCGCCCACGCCGGCCGCCGUCACGCGCAGUACGUCUUCGCUGUCUGGCUGCGGCCGGCGGCCGCGCUCGGGCCCGGCCGGCCUGCACUCGUACACGUCGGCGCCCGCGUCGCGCGCCGGCUCGCGCCUCGACAUCUCGGCCAUGGGCGGCACCGUCGUGCUGUCGGCGCCCGCCUCGCCGCACCACUGGCCUCGCCGCUCGUCGCCGCCGUCGCCCGUCGCCAGCCACGCGUCUCCGCCGCCGACGCCGACGCCCGCCCUGCCCGCUGCGGCCACCGCCGCCUCCGCCGCUGCCGCCGCCGUGCACAGUAGGACUGCGUAG